AUGUACGGCUCUCUCUGUCUCUGUCUCUCUCACAUCAAAACUCAUAAUGGAGAAAAACCAUUACCAACAUGAUCCAUGGAAAUUAUCCCCUGGGGCUGGAAGAUUGAUCGAGAAAUCAUCUCAUCAAAUCCCCGGGAAAAAAACCUAGCUAGUUUCCAUGGCCUCGACGAUGACGAUUGUGUGUGCAUUGAUGGUGGUGGGGCAGCUUGCAGGGUACGGCGCAGGAGCUUUCAUCGGUAUGACCUGGGGCAGGCAGAGCGCGCAGCGGCUGCUCCCCUCCCAGGUGGUGGAUCUGCUGCUGCAGAACGGCGUCACGCACCUACGAAUCUUCUCCACUCAAGAAGACAUCUUGCGAGCAUUCGCCGGAAGCAACAUCGACCUCACCAUCACCAUCUUCGACCCCCUCCUCCCCGAUUUCAACGAUGCCAGAUCAUGGUUCCAACUAAAAGCCCAUUUCAUCGUGCCCGCCAACGUAAGCACCGUCAUAGUCGGAGGCGACUACGUGUUCGACAAGCCGCUAUGGUUUAUUGAUCGCGCCAUGAAAACCCUGCGCGACGCGCAGGCCGCCUUCAACGAAUUCGGAUACGGAGCUAGAAUGAAGGCCAAUUUCAUACAUAAUUCCGGGGAGCUGACCAACAGGACUCGGCCGUCGGAUGUGGAAUUCCGGCCGUGCAUCGUGGAGAGAAUGAUCCAACACCUGCAGUUUCUGCGGGAGAACGACGCCCCCUUCAUGCUGGACUUGUUCCCAAUCGACGACGCCCGCCGCUGCGGCCUGGACCUCAGCUUCGGCUUCGCGGACAACGCCUCCAACGUGAUCGUGAGGGACAGAAACGGCGCCGUGUACAAGAACGUGGUGGAGUGGGAGUACGACUGCUUCGUGUGGGCUCUGAGGAAGCUCAACUUCUCGGACAUCAGGAUCCUCAUCAGCCAGGUGGGGUGGCCCACCGACGGGUGCGUGGGCGCCACCGCGCACAACGCGGAACGGUUCUACAGGUACCUGCUGCCGCUGGUGGCGAGCAACAGGGGAACCCCGAUGCGGCCCGGGGUGGCCAUCAGUGUGUACGUGCACGCCCUCACCGACGAGCCUAAAAUGUCGUACAACAACCCCUGGAUGCGCCACUGGGGCAUUUACACGUCCAACGGGCAGCCCAAAUACAAGAUCGACCUGUCCGGUAAAGGGCGGGAUAUAUAUCCGUCGACGGUGAGGGGGAUCAUGCGCAUGCCGGACCGUUGGUGCGUCUUCAGCGGAGACAAGUCGGACAUGGGCAAGGUGGAGAAGCAGGUUAAAAAGGCUUGCACCAUAGGCGACUGCACCACAUUGUCUCCGGGAGCAUCCUGUAGCCACCUCACCGUUGACAACAACAUCUCCUAUGCCUUCAACGUUUUCUUCCAGUCUCACUUCCAAGAUGAGAGAAGCUGUGAUUUCGAGGGGCUCGGAUACGUCUCCGACGAUGAUCCCUCCACCGACCACUGCGUCUUUCCGGUCGAGGUCGUCAAAGGCCAGCAGCUCAUCAAUUUUAUCUAGCCCUAAUUUCAAUCAAUUAAUCCAUAUCUUCUUGUAUGCUAGAUUACUACCAACAUUGUCAAUUGUAACAUAUCAAUCCACAGGCCGCCCGGCCGGUUUAAUUUUUGCAAAAUAUUUUAAAACAA